CCCUAUAAAUAACCUUCCAAAUGAACCUUUUUCACAAGGGGAAUAAGGAAGAAAAAUAUAUAAUUUAAUUUCCUUGUUGUGAAAAAAAAAAAUAGUGAUCAAAAUAUGAAUUCCAAGAAACUAUCAUCAUCCCUUCUCUUUCUCACCCUCAACCUUAUGUUCUUUGCCCUAGUAAGCAGCUGCUACUUCGGUUGUCACAACCCGAACCCAAACUCGAACCCGAACCCAAGCCCGGUAAAGGGAAGCUGCCCGAGAGACGCCCUAAAGCUAGGGAUAUGCGCAAAGCUGCUAAACGGAAGCGUCGGGGCAGAACUUGGGAGCCCACCGGACCACCCAUGCUGCUCGGUACUUGGUGGUUUAUUGGAUCUUGAAGCUGCAGUUUGCCUUUGCACCGCAUUGAAAGCGAAUAUUCUCGGCAUUAAUAUCGACAUUCCUAUUUCACUGAGCUUGCUUAUCAACACUUGUGGCAAAACCCUACCUGAGGAUUUCAAAUGUGCCUAAGUUUUUAUAGUAAUUUUCGGUGUUUCGUUUUUCGGUUUUUUUUUUUUUUUUUGGUUCUUUAAUUUAUUAUUGUAAUUUAAUUUGGAUGUGCUGCAUGCACAUGGAUUCUUAAGCUGAAAUGUAACGCUUGUUUUGUUUUAUAUUUGUAGUUUUUUAAUGUUUUUCAAUUACCAUCGUAAUUGUAUAUUUAGGUCUGGUUCUGCUUGCUAAUAUCAGGUUAAUUAGAUCGA